CGUGCGUGCUAGUUGGUGUGUGUGCUUGGAUUUUUUUAUUUACACAUGAUAUUAUUUUUAUAAUGUACAAGUGAGAAUAGUAUUUUUAUAUGAAACAUGACAGUACAAAUCUAAACAGUACAAAUAGAUAACUUCACCAGACCUCAUCUCAGCGAUAUUCAGGAAGCCGAAUGACAAUAACAAAAUUAUUUUGCUAGUUGAUCGAAGACCCAUCCCCAAGCAACAGCAUGGAUAUUUUAAGUUAGUGAUAAUGUUAAUACGAAAAUGAGUGAGACCCUGAGCCAAGAUCCCGACGGGUUGAACGUGGCUUACACCACCUUGACUCCGUCGUACCCGCCGACGCCGGCGACGCCCAGUUCGACGGUGCAGGAUGCACCACCGGGUGCCAAUCUACCUCCCUUUUCCACGUUCUCGGCAGACAUGGAUCCAAAUGGAGCGUUCGGUUCGGUUUCGGAACGAUUGUUCAGUGAUACGCGCCUUCUAGACAUAUCAAAUUGGGACUACUAUGGCGAAACGCGUCUCUUGGAGCGUACUGAAAACGGUAUGUCGAUCAUAUCGUCGCAACCUCAGUACAGGCCUUGGGAAUCCAAAACGGUCGACUCGACGUCCGCCUUUACCGCCACAACGCCCGCGACAUUUACAGACACUUUUUCGCAACAAAACGGUUUGUCGAAGUUACCCUCAUUCCAAUCCCAAUUCCAAACGUUCAGUGAUCCAGUGACGACCAGUGAACCAACGCUGACAACACUUACGAAUCUCACACCCGUCUCACCAAAUUCAUCAUCUAGUCCAGGAAGUCACAGUUUAACAACCUUAAACUCCAACUUCCACACCUUAAGUGCUGUUAACCCGAGAAGCUAUCCUCUUGUACCGGCUCCCAUCCAGGCUCGUGAAAUACCAUCGAUACAACAGCAGUUCUUGGACGAAAGGCACAUACAACUUUACUCGCAUCCCACUGCCAACAUCGCCACCUUGAACAACUCCAUCCAUCCGGCGAGCAUCUUCCCAGCUCAGAACGGUGCUAUCAUACAAAACAAUCAAUUGAUCUCCUCACCAACAGUGGUAACAGUAUUAAAAUCCGAACCCGAUAUCAAACUUACCAAUGUCGGUCUUCAUCCAUCUCAGUUCCAAAACACGAUGGCCAACCUGGACAACGGCCUGUACAACGGCAUCGAGAAGAAGAACGGCAUCAGCCUGAACCAGCUGAACUCGCCGACACGUAACGACUUCCGCAAGAAGGAACGGAGGAAAAUCCGUGCAUCUAGUCUAGAAAGUUCCGCGGAAAGUGACGGGGCAUCCAGUAACAUGGAAAUCGGCUCGGAAAAUUCCGGACAGGUCGCGGCAGUGUCUAGUACGGCCGGGUUCAAGACCCACCACUCGAUCAACUCCAAUUCCGUGGACAUGGACGAUAUUAGCGGUGGAUCUGUCGACAAGCAGGUCAAAAAGAAGCGCAAACGGUGCGGCGAAUGCAUCGGUUGCCAGAGAAAGGACAAUUGUGGUGAUUGUGCCCCUUGCAGGAACGACAAGAGCCACCAGAUCUGCAAGCAGCGGAGAUGCGAGAAACUCACCGAGAAGAAGAAUCUGUACGGGGACGGAAGUUUUCUGCGUGGAGAGUCUAGACGAGGCAGGGGGAAGGGCCGAGGCGGGGCGAGCUACCGCGGCCGAAAACCCAGCGGACCAGUAGCACCCCUCGUUGGUACCGCCAGUCUUCCAACAGAUUCCAACGGUGUACCAUCGAAUCAACCGCCUACCAGGCCUAGUCCGCAACCACCUACCGUUCAACAACCUAUGCCAGUUCAACAACAACCAAUGGCACCAAUGCCUUUCUACGCUGACCCCAAUAGGUUCCCCACUCCUGUUUGGCAGACAACCCCUGAGCAAGGUUGGACACCUCAAGGGCAGUUUAUCCAGCAAAUACCCGCUGGCCAAACUAUCGAGACGUACCAGCAGUACCCGAACGGCAUCUAUCAAACAACUUACCAACAACCUGCCUUCGAAACGAACACCUUUUACACUGGAGCAGUUCAGGUGUUAACCAAUCGACCACCAAGUGUUCCUAAUCAACAAGCUCAGCUUACACCAAGACCAAAUUCGAAUUUUUCUCAUACACCUAGUCCUGUGCCGACGCAAGCUCAGCCACAACAGCCUCAGCAACAACAGCAGCAGAUACAGCAAGUACAAGUACAACAAGUACAGCAAGUACAGCAGGUUCAGCAAGUACAACAGAACAAUCAGCAGGUACAGCAGCAACAACCUCAAACUCAACAACCUCAACAGCCCCAAGCACAACAGAACAACGCAAACAGGCAGUAUCAGGAAUACAACAUGCAAAAUCAAAACUUCAAUCCCCCAUCAACCCCCACGGGCAAUACGGAGAACCAGUCCCGUCCGAGCUCCGUGAACAGCAUCGCCAAUCCACCGACGCCAAAUCAGAACUUCCAGCAGCAACAAAACGCUGUGUAUACGACGGUCUCGUCCGCAAACUUUAGUCCCAGCUCCAACGCCGGCAAUUACGUCAAUGCGAAUUCGGGAAACGACAAGCCUGGAUAUCCGCAAGUGAACAGCAGUCCGCAGCUAACUUCACACAACUCUAGUGGGUAUUCAGGCCAGGAGCAGUACAGCGGACACCCACACGAAAACCAUUGGCAGGCGCAACAGCAGCAGAUGAUGUGGGAACAGCAGACCCACCAAGACAAAGUGGACCAACAAAACCAGUAUCAGGAGCAAGUGCAACAGGCCACUGAACACUAUGCUCAACACCAACAAGACGUGAACUCGUCGCCCAAUAAAAUGGACAACCUCCAUAACGUUCAAAGUGCUGUUAAAACAUUUUCACAAGCGGACAAAGUGAAUUUAAAUACUCGAAUAAAAACGAUGAUAUUGAACAAACAGCAAGAAACCAAAAUCGACGAACCAAAACCAGUAGAACAAAACACUACCGGUCAUUUUUUAUGGUAUAGCCACCAUCCCCACUUAGAUCCGUUAAUAAGUGGCGAUGGUGGCCCCCUUAAAACCAUACCCGAUCAAGACUUAAAAACUGAUAAUGUAUCAAAUCAGAGCUUGCAGAAUUUUCGGCUUGAAACUACAUCUCAAAGGCCGGUCUUCAACGAAUUCAACUCUCAUAGUCACAUGAAAAAUGAAAUUAAACAGGAGCAGUUUUUUCGUGAUGGAACGGGCAAUGAUUACAUGCGAACACCCAUAAAGAAGGAAUUAAACGUUGAAAUUAAACAAGAGAAUAUCAAGGAAGAGCAAAUUUUGGAUAGCAAAAACGGAAUAAAAGAAGAGAAAAACAAUAAGAUCGGUUGUGAAAUUCCACAAUGUGGUUGUUUCCCACCCGAUCAGUCACCACCCGAACCUGGUACUUAUUAUACUCAUUUAGGCUGUGCAAAUAACUUAAAAACACUAAGAACUGAUUUGGAAACUCGCACUGGUGUUACAGGACGUGCAAUAAGAAUAGAAAAAAUACGUUACACUGGCAAAGAAGGCAAAACUGCUCAGGGAUGUCCAAUUGCCAAGUGGAUCAUUCGCCGAUCUAACACAGAAGAGAAAUACCUCAUAGUCGUAAAGCAACGUAUUGGUCAUUUUUGUCAUUCGGCUUUUAUUGUCGUGUGCAUAGUCGUUUGGGAAGGUAUUUUGCAGAGCACUGCUGACGAUUUAUAUUCCAUGCUGACCCAAAAACUGAAUAAAUUUGGCCUACCAACAAAAAGACGCUGUUCCACGAACGAAAUGCGCACGUGCGCUUGUCAAGGCACCGAUGAGAAAACUUGUGGUGCAAGUUUCUCUUUCGGCUGCUCUUGGAGCAUGUACUACAACGGAUGCAAAUUUGCCAGAUCCAAGGAUGUGAGAAAGUUCCGGCUUUUGGAAAAAUUCGAAGAAAAUCUCGUGGAAGAUCGUCUUCAGUGGCUGGCAAAUUUCAUCAGUCCCAUGUACAAGAACCUUGCGCCCAAGUCGUUUGAGAACCAAUGCCAUUUUGAAUCAGUUGCUUCCGACUGUCGUUUAGGAACCAAAUUAGGAAGGCCGUUUUCUGGAGUGACUGUGUGUAUGGAUUUCUGUGCGCAUUCGCAUAAGGAUCUGCAGAAUAUGAACAACGGUUGCACGGUUGUUGUAUCACUGACCAAACAUCGAGAAAUAGCCAAAUCGACUGAUGAACAACUCCACGUUCUGCCUUUGUACGUCGCUGACGACACAGACGAAUAUGGUUCUAAAGAACAACAAAACGAGAAAAUGGUGAUUGGCAGCAUAGAAGUAUUGCACAGUUUCCAUUCAGAAGUUCGUACAUAUUCUGUUCCUGCCGACACGUGCCCUCGAAGAAAAAACAAAAAGAGUAUGGAUGGAAAAUUACCAAAAAGAAAAUCUACCUCAGCUGAACCAAAGUCGCCUUCAAUAAACUUUUCUCCUAGUUUAACCAGUUCGCCAGUAAAAACGCCAUACAUUGGCUCGAACGAAAUACAGUACAAUCAAGUUUCCAGCACUGUUAUGGGACUACCAAAUCCCUAUAGGUACGAAUCAAAUAAUUUAAAAGCUUAUAGCAGCUGUUCAAAUAGUAUGAACUCGUAUCAAAGCUUACCAUCUUUCUCUAUCUUUAAAACGUCAUUUAAUUCCUUCUUGAACUAUAGCAAUCCGUAUGGCCAAAACUAUUAUCCUAUAAACUAUAAUAGUUACUACAACUAUACAAAUGAACAAUGGUGUGGCCAGCUCUCAUCUAGUCACAAUCAAAUUUUUGCCAGCUACAACCAUUUUUCAUCAAACCCAUAUUAUAAUUAUAGUUAUACUUCAAAUAAUACAUUACCACAACCAAUAAUGUCUGACCCAGAGCCAAAGAAGCCUUCUUUGGAGGUGCACGAAUCAGACAACACCGAAUGUUUCCAAGAUAGAAACAUCGGUGGAGUCGCAAUAGCUCUAACCCACGGUAGUGUACUAUUUGAAUGUGCCAAACAUGAAUUGCAUGCAACCACUGCCCUAAAAAAUCCAAACCGACAAUCUCCUGCUCGUAUAUCGCUUGUAUUCUAUCAGCAUAGGAACUUGAAUAAGGCCCGUCACGGUCUUGAGGAGUACCUAGAAAAAAUGAGAGUGAAAAAGUUAGACCAAAACGAAUUUGAAUGUAAAUUAGACAGUAGCUUCAGUAGUUUGAACAGUACGGACGAUUUCGUCUUAAGGGCAACAAACGUGCCCUCUGUAUCUUUAACAACAAUGUUUCCAAUAUACCCCUGUCCCGUUACAGGUCCGUAUCAGGAGAACGUGCCAUGAGAUGUAGUUUCUUCCGAGAUAUUCAUUAUUUAUCGUUACUUCGAGACUGCAAAUUUAUCCGAAAAUAUCUAUUGGUAAUUUAACCGAAAAAUAACUGCCAGGUUAUGACCGAAACUUUUUAUUAAAAUAACAUUGUCAGUGCCUCUAUGAUCUCAAAGUAAUCAAUUCACAAAUCCACUCAAGAGUACAAAUUUACAUUUCUCAGCUUGCCAUUUAAAACUAAUAUAGAAAAUCGGUCAAGAAUGACACAAUUGUUGGUUUGCUGACAAAAAUUUUAGUUUAGCUAUUCAUUCAUUAGUUAAUUUAUAUUUUAGCUAGAUUUUUUUUGUAUAUUUUAAUUUUUCUAGUUGUUUUUAAUAAAUUUGAGUACCUACUUUUGGUGUACAGGGACUGACAUACUAUCUAAAAGUAUUAAAUCUCAAAUAAACAUAUUAGAUUUAUUUUUAAGAAUAGUACUAAAAAUACUUAGUCAGUGUGGCAGUCUAUCACCAGUCAUAAUUUAUUUGUAUAUAAUGAAAUAUUAGGUUUAUUUUUGUUAUUUAUAUUAAUUUAAUUUUUGUGGUAAAACUACACGAUAUACACCAUCGAAUAAGGUUUAAUAUAAAAAGGACUAAAAAGAGCUAAAAAGUAAGAAUGUAAGAAAGUUUAACUUUAUGAAUUCGGUUGUUUGAGACUAUAUAUUCGCGAAAAAAAUUAGUGUUGUUUGUGUAUAGAGAUCAUUUAUUUGAAGGAUAUAGUCCACAUUUUUGCCUUUAUCCUUGCUUCACGUAAAAGAUUAUAUAUUUUUGCCAGCGUGAACAUGGUUUUAUUAAAUUAUUUGUAAAAAUUGUUUAUGUAAAACCUAGACUAUCUGAUUUUCGGAGAUACUUUGGGUUUUAUUUGUCCCCAAAAGGCCCUACAAUAUUGUGUAUACAUCAAAUAUGUGUGCAGUUACUUUGUAGUGUUGAAAGUAUAUUUUUGACAAGAAAGAAAAAAAUAUUUAUAGUGUUCUUAUUAUGCCUACAAAAAUUAUUGUAUAGUGUUAGGACCCAGUCACUUGAUUAUUCAAGAAUAAUUUAUAAGUAUGUUAAUACAAGAAAAUGAUGCCAAAUAUUUUAAACUAGAUAUUAAUCAUUUGUAUUUAUUGUUUUUGACGGUAAAUUUUCUUCCAAGCCGCAUUUUGGCCAACACACUUUUAUGUAUUAUAGGUUAGAACUGCUAUCCCACUAUUUAUUUUAUUUAUUUAUUAUUUCCUUCUGCAUCCAUCCUUUUUCUGCAAACACGGAAUUUACUCUUCGAUUUUGCUUACAAAUUUCCAUAGACAAAUAUAAUUUUGUGCAAUAACUUACAACCUUUCAGUAUUAACAAUUGGUAACUUGCACAAAAACGAUGGAUCUAACACCCCAAUCGACAAUUUUUAGUAUUAGAAACAAAAAUGUAUAUAUUUUUUACACAAUUUUUAGUAACUAAUAAUUGAAAAACCAAAAAGCAAUUUACAAAAUACUUGUACAGUACGUUUUGAGUACACACUGUCAUGAUUUUCAUAAGUCAUUUGUAAAAUUCGUCACGUUCCAUUGAAAUUCACAUAGCAAUACUACUACGGUACUUCUUAUCAUAUCAUAUGACGGUGUUUACUCAAAAGGAUAAUGUCGUUUCCUUAAACAAUAAUUUGUAUUUUCUAAUUAUAGAUUUUUUAGUUUAGCAUUAAGAAACAAAAUUAAUAUGUGUAUUGUCUUGUGAAUACAUUUAUAUGAUAGAAU